AAUCAAUUAGGAUUAUCCGCCCCGCCCCUUCACUUGAGUCAUGAGCAUAGAAGAAAUAAGAGGAGAAGAAGGAGGACAAGAAGACCUCAAAAAGUUACUUAAGCAGUAUGAAAGAGAGCUUCAAGAAGCCAAAGAGGAGCUAAAACAAAGAGAUGAGGAAAUUAGGCUUAAAAAUGAGGAGAUAAUCAGUCUUAAAAGCCACGAGAGAAAUAGGCUCAAAGAUGAAGAUGGUGAUGAAGUUAAGGCUAAAGAUGAAUGUGGUAUAGAUAACAGAAAAGACUUAGAAGAAAGAGAUGCAUUUAUCAGGCACUUAAAUGCAUGUCCAGAAAUUGCAAUGGAACUUGCGGUCAUUUUAAUUUAAUGAUAUUCAUUGAAAUUACCAUAGCAACGAGUAGUGAUGGAGAAUGGAGGAAUCUUGUCAUCUCUAUUCGAAGAGCAAUAACUUCUGUCUAGUGUGACUACUGGACUUUAUUUGGCACUGAAGGCUUUCUAGAAGUCUUGUGAAUCGAA